AUGGAUAAAACAAAAAAUCAAUUUUUUUUAAAAAUAGAUCAUGAUACAACACUUAUUAAUAUAACGGAAGUUUUUAAUUAUCGGCUACCGAAUAAUACAAGACCGCAUGAGUACGCAAUAGAACUAGAAUUUGAAAUUUUCGUAGAUGAUUUACCAAUUACUGGCAAAAGCUUAAUUAAUUUCGAAGUUUUGGAGCCUACUGAUUGUAUCAUUUUUCACAAAUCUUCAAAUAUUGUUAUUGACGAAGAGUAUACGGAAAUUAUUGGUAAUUCUAAUGUUACUCAUCAAUCCUGGAACCCGAUUGGAGAAUUUUAUAACAUUAAACUUGGUAAUAAUCUUACUAUUGGUAACUACAGUUUGAAAUUACGAUGGAAUACUUAUAACAAUACUCAAUAUUCUGGAUUAUUUCGUAAUUUUAAUUUUGAUGAUCAGGGUAAUAUGAGAUUUUUAGUUGGUACUAGAGAUUUAGUACCAACAUAUGCACGACGAGUUUUUCCAUGUUGGGAUGAACCAAUUUAUAAAGCUGAAUUUAUAUUUUCAAUAAAACACUUGACAAAUGUAACUGUGCUAUCAAAUAUGCCGGAAAUAAGUAAUAAAACAAUAAAUGCUGAUAAAACUUUAACCAUUUUCGAUAAAUCACCAAAAUUAUCACCACAUUCGAUCGGUAUUGCAUUCACGAACUAUUUGGUCAUUAAAAAUCAACACAACAAUGUAACCUUCUAUACACUCAUAAGUAAUAACACGAUAAUUGAAAAUUUUUUGAAUAUGACGAAUUUAAUUUUGUCACUGUUGGAAAAUUAUACGAAAAUUCCGUAUCCCAUGCCAAAAUUAGAUGUGAUAAUUACACCAGAGAUACCAGCUUAUGGAAUUAAAAAUUUGGGUCUCAUGUUUUUUAACUCUGAAGAAAUAAUUUAUCCAGAAAUUUCAUCAACAAUGGCACUUUAUGAGAACAAAAAAAUAAAAUUUGUUGUAUUAGCUGAAGCAUUAAGCUAUCAAUGGUUCGGUAACUUGGUGACACCAUCUUGGUGGAAUGAUUUAUGGUUAUCUUAUGGAAUCGGUAACUUUAUAGCUUCCAAAAUUACUGAUCAGGCUUAUCCAAAUGCAAGAUGUAGCGCAGAAGACUGGCAAUUAAUUGAAAUGUAUAGAUCAUAUCACCGAUCGAUGUCAUUAUCACCAGUAAGAUUUCCCUCAACGUUAGAUAGUCCCAAACAAAUUAAAACGCAAUUAGACACAUUUUAUAUCGCUAGAGCUGUGCUAAUUGUCCGAAUGUUGGAGCACACAAUAACACCGGAUGUUUAUCAAAUUGGACUACAGAAAUAUCUCAAUAAAAAUAAAUUUUGCGCAGUUACAACAGAAGAUUUAUUCGCUGAUUUGCAGUUUGCAUACAACAGUAAAUUCAAUAGAUCAUUAAAUUUAAAAAAAAUAAUGGAUCCCUGGCUACGGCAUCCUGGCUACCCCGUUCUCAAUGUCUCUCAUAACCAUGAAAAAAAAUCGACUCAAAUAACGCAGACAAAUAUUUUAGAUGCCUAUUCGAAAUUAUUACGGACUAUUCCUAUAAAUUAUGCAACUAAAUCAAAACCAAACUUUUCAACUACAGAACCUAUUAUUUGGAUGCAACAAAAUGAAUCUUCAAUUACUUUGUCAAAUGUAGAAUCUGAUGAUUGGAUUAUUUUGAAUAUUCAACAAUUAAAUCAAUAUCGAGUUAUAUAUGAUGAAGAAAAUUGGCUUCGUAUAAUUGCUUAUUUAAACACUGAAGAUUAUUUGAAAAUCCAUCCAAUAAAUCGUGCUAUUCUUAUUGCUGAAGUGAAUGAAAAGUCAAUUGACGCCCAGAAUCUAAAGCUUAUCAUAGAUUUUUUGCCAUAUCUACGUAAAGAAAUAAAUCUAUUGCCACUUUAUAACGCUUAUCAUCUGAUAUUUCGUUUAACUGGAGAAUUAACUUGGCCACUAGUCGACGGUUUCAGCAAAUACAUAACUUUCGUUUUGGAACCGAUAAUCAGCAAUCUCCGGUUACAAGAUUAUGGAACUGAUAAUUACUUUUACAAAGAAGAUAACUCCUUAAAAUUGUUAUUGUCACGGAUUUAUUGUACCCACAGUAAUAAUAAUUACUGUAAGACAUUCGCAACUGAAAGUGUUGACUAUGUUCUAAACAAUCCGUCUGAAGAAACGUAUUUGCAUGAUUAUUUUUAUUCAUGGAGUCUAUGUUUAAUACUAAAUAAUUACAAUGCUACACAAUGGGAUGAUUUUUAUUCAAAUGAUUAUCCAUUAUUACGUCAUGAUAUAUUUUUGAAAUAUAAAUAUUUACGAUGUGCUAAAUCACCUCAAGUUGUUGAAAAAUAUUUUCCAAAAAUUUUAGAAGAUGAUAUUGUCAGUACUUCUCAUGAGUUUAUGGAAAUAUGUAACUUUGUUAUGAAAUAUGCUGAUGAUGAUACAAUUUAUAUUUUAUUACACUAUUAUAUUGAUAAUUUUGAUUUACUUCAAGAAAGAUUUGAAGAUAAAUCUUUUAAUGAAGUGGUUUAUAAUAUGAUGACCCUAUUAAGUGUUUUUAUUAAAAAAGAAGAUCAAUGGGAUGAAUUAAAAAAAUUUAUCAAAUCAAAAAGUAGUGAACUUGAUUCGCAAUAUGAGACUUCAGUUGAAAAUAGUAUGAGUUAUCUUCAUUAUGCGACUAUCAAUGAAAAACAUAAAUUUGAAACCAUAAUUAAAAAAAAAUUGGAAGAAGUUUAUUCCACUACUGAAUGAAAAAAAUAUCAUUUUUUCAAAUUGUAUAAAUAUUAAGUGUGUGAAAAUAGA